AUGGUUGGCGUCGCCUCAGCCCCUAGUCAGUCCCUUGUGGGACAGGCCAAUGCGAACAAAGCAAGUGGUCUCAUUGGCAUGAUCCGAAACCCAUACGUGUUCAUGACCUGCUCCUUUGCCUCGCUUGGUUGCAUGAUGUAUGGCUAUGAUCAGGGUGUCAUGGGGUCCAUCCUCGUCAUGGAGAAUUUCCAAGCCCAUUUUCCGGAUCUGACUGGCUCGACCAUCCAGGGCUGGUUAGUUGCUUCCUUGGAACUCGGCGCUUGGUUGGGGAGUCUUUUGAAUGGCUACUUGUGUGAUAAGAUCUCGCGCAAGUACUCGAUGCUUGUCGCUGUCAUUGUUUUCACUCUAGGUACUGGACUACAGACUGGUGCUCAAAAUUCUGGCUUCCUCUUCGCUGGCAGAGUCAUCGGUGGUAUCGGCAUUGGAAUGUUCUCCAUGGUCAUUCCUUUGUAUCAAGCAGAGAUUGCCCCACCAGAGCUCCGUGGUUCUUUGGUCUCUCUACAACAGCUUUCCAUCACUAUCGGCACUGCUAUCGCAUUCUGGACUGAUUAUGGAAUGCAUUUCGCUGGCGGUACCCACUGCAACCCUGCUGGGGUGCCUCACAAUGUCGCUUACCCUAGUGAUGGAGAGUUCGACUUCAAUGCUGCUCAUGGCCAUACCUGUACUGGCGAGAAGGCUAUCUCGUGGCGGGUGCCUCUCGCUAUACAGCUUGUUCCUGCCUGGGUUCUCUUCUUUGGCAUGUUCUUCUUGCCAUUCUCACCUCGCUGGCUUGUCAUGAAGGAUCGUGACGAGGAGGCAGUGGCUGCGCUCUGUAGACUUCGUCGUCUACCGGCUGAGGAUCCCCUUCUCAACGCCGAAUAUCUCGAAAUCAAGGCGGCCGUUCUUUUCGAUCGCGAGACCGAGCAGGAGCAAAUUGGUCAAGGCGGAGUCCUUGCACCGUGGAAGGUGCUUUUCACUCCCAACAUUUUCAAGCGUCUCGCUAUUGGUUGCUGGAUUAUGAUUUUCCAACAGUUCACUGGAAUCAAUGCCGUUCUUUACUAUGCACCCCAAAUUUUCGGCUCGUUCGGCCUCACGUCGACGACUGUCACCCUCCUUGCCACCGGUGUGACUGGUAUCCUACAGAUCCUCUUUACACUCCCAGCUGUAUUCUUCCUCGACAAGUUUGGUCGCAAGACUUUCCUUAUCGUCGGUGCCAUCGGCAUGUUCAUCUGUCACAUCGUCGUCGCAGGCAUCGAUGGCUCCUAUGAGACCGACUGGGCCCAGCACAAAGCUGCCGGUUGGGUCUCUGUCGUCUUUGUUUGGCUCUUCGCUUGCAAUUUUGCCUACUCAUGGGGUCCCGUAGCCUGGGUCUUGACCCAAGAACUCUUCCCUUCCUCAGUCCGUUCCCGCGGUGUCUCCAUCGUCGCCUCGACAAACUGGAUCUUCAAUUUUGUCAUCGGCCUUUCCACUCGCGAUAUGCUUGAUAGCAUGAAGUACGGCACUUACAUCUUCUUUGCCAUUUUCUCCAUUGGUGGUGGCAUUUUCGUGUGGACUCUUGUUCCUGAGACUAAGAACAAGACGCUUGAAGAACUGGAUUUGUACUUUGGAGGUUCAAAGGAUAGUCUCGCUGCUGCGGAUCGAGAGCGUAUGCAGAGGAUUGAGGCGCAGUUGGGCAUUUCCGGGGCUGAGACGGUGGACGAUCUGAAGCCUGUUACUGUUUACACUGAGAAAACUCGUGUGGCUGAGUAG